UGCCAAGUCUGAAGGAAGGAAAACAAAGAUAUUGAAAUGGGAAGGUCUCCUUGUUGUGAUGAAAGUGGCCUUAAGAAAGGUCCUUGGACUCCUGAAGAAGACCAAAAACUUGUCAAAUAUAUCCAAGAAAAUGGCCAUGGAAGCUGGAGAGCCCUUCCCAAGCUUGCUGGUCUUAAUCGAUGUGGGAAGAGUUGCAGGCUACGGUGGACGAAUUAUUUGCGGCCUGAUAUUAAGAGAGGGAAAUUUUCCCAGGAAGAAGAGCAAACAAUUCUCAAUCUCCAUUCCAUCCUUGGAAACAAAUGGUCAGCAAUUGCAAGCCACCUGCCGGGGCGAACAGAUAAUGAAAUAAAAAACUUUUGGAACACUCAUUUGAAGAAAAAACUCAUCCAGAUGGGAAUUGAUCCGAUGACUCAUAGGCCUCGAACUGAUAUCUUCUCAAGCUUGCCUCAUCUGAUAGCUUUGGCCAACCUAAAAGAGCUUAUGGAUCACCAGCCAUGGGAAGAACAUGCUGUAAGGCUACAAGCAGAAGCUGUUCAAAUGGCUAAGCUGCAAUGCUUGCAGUAUCUUUUUCAAACCCCAGCUUCUAUUUCAUCUGGUUCUAACAACAUAAACAACACUUUCACUGAUAUGGAGACCAUUAAUCUUUCAAACUCACUUUCUCCAGUCAAGGAUAACUCAGUUUUAAGUUCACCCCAGCUGGAUAUAGCAGCUGCUUCUCUUCAAGGUUUCAAUGAUUCAAUCCUUUUCCCUCGUUUACCAGACCUACAAAUCCCAUGUGAGUAUCCAACAUCUACGAACAAGGACAUGGCUCAAGCUCAAGAAUACACAGUGUUGAGCCAAGGAGAGAAUAAAUGCAAUUCACCAUGGCUCACUUCAUCUGCAACUCCUUCGCCUUCUGUGGCUCCAUCUGUAACAGAGACUUUGAUCGACAAUUCAGUUUGGCCUGAUCACCACCUACUCUUUGACGACCCUUUGUUUCAUGAGAUUGCCUAGCUUAAUUUUUUUUUAAUAUAUAUGUUUAAAUCUUAAAAAGGUUCGCAUUUUCUCCACUCCUUUUCUGUGUAUUAGUUUCUGCACACAUCCU